AUGUCCUCCUUAUUGAAGUACUUCUGGGGCUCCGGUUCAUCCCAAGCCCCUCCAUCCCACCCCCAGCCAAUGACGAUCGCAAGCACAACUAUCCCUCCAGGAAUCUACAUUGUCCGCAACGUCGCAGCAAGCACGGUCGCCGACCUCGCCGACGCCCAGAGUCAAGAAGAAAGCCAAGUCGUCGGCUGGCACUUCCACAACGGAAAGCACCAGCGAUGGCAAAUCGCCGACGCAGGCCACAGCCAGGUCUUCUUCCUGAACGACGGCACUGGAACAUAUCUCACCGCUGACGAGCACCCAACCGCUGGCGUAAUCCUGACCACCGGAAGCCUCGUUUCGCCGACUAACAAGCGAGCAAGAUGGACUAUUGAGUCUGCCAAGACCAAGCAGGCGUAUAUUAUCCGCAACGUAGCAGAUCCCUCCCGUGUCCUGGAUCUGUCUUCCUCGGAUCCUCAAAACGGGACCCCUAUCCUCAUUUACACGGACCGUGGUACCAAGAACCAGCAGUGGACCCUGGAGCAGCUCGACGCCCCGCCGCCGCCCGGUGUCAUCAAGAAUACGCCCGUUGGAGGCAAGGGUGGAACAGCCUUCGAGGAGUUCAAGUACACCGCCGUGCAAGUCGUGGAGACUUGGAGUGGGGAGGUCGAGGAUGAGACGGUUGUUCGGGGAUUGCGGUGGACGUGGGAUGAUGGGACUAAGAGUAAGAUGUACGGGGCAGACCAGGGGGACCAUCAGGUGCUGGUGCUGGGCCCCGGGACCAAGGUGAAGAAGAGCUCGGUAAACUCGGGAAAGAGAGUUGAUUCUAUCGUUAUUGUUACGGAGGAUGGAGAUGAGUUCAAGGCGGGUGGGAAUGGAGGGGAGGAGCACAAGCAGGAUGUCGGAGAUGGGGUGCUGGUGGGCUUCAGUGGAGCUUCGGGGUUGGAUGUUGAUCGCAUAGGUUUUAUCUUUGUCAAGAAGGACGGAGGUCAGUAA